AUGGAGUACAGCCGCGCGCGCGAGAGAUACGAGAUGAACCAGUGGGGAAAUAAGGAUUCCAAGGAUGUCAAGAUCGGCGUGCGCACGGUGAUAGACGAGGAUGACCCGGCGCUGAAGCUCUCGGACGACGCGAGCAUGAACCAGGCGCUGUCAAGGUGGAACCAGGUUCGUAACCUGCUCUCCAGUAAGGCCUCCCUGACACUCCUGCGCUCGGACUCCUCCAUCAAGAACGAGGCCGCGCUGUACGGCGGGACGAUCGACUCGGAUUCCAUGAAGGAUCCUCACGGCGAACCCGAGCCCGUGGGCAGGUGGUGGUACGUCAACCCCGACGGCCGGUUCAGGAGCUCGUGGGACAUCUUCCAAGUCGCGGUGCUGUGCUACCUGGCGUGCGCCACCCCGUACAGGGUCGCCUUCGACGCGCCAGCCUACGGACCCGCGUUCUGGUGGGAGUUUUUCGUGGACUUAUACUUCAUCGCGGACGUGUUCCUCAACUUCGUCACCGGGUACUGGGAGGAGUUGGAGACGACCAGCGUGCUGGUGUCGGAGCCGUGGCCCAUUGCGAUGAAUUACCUCAGGACUUGGUUCCCCAUCGACGCGGUGGCGUGCGCGCCCGUGGAUCUCGUGACCAGGGCGCUGGAGGGUACGCUGAGGUGUUCGUUCGAACCCGACGGGUGCAGCGCGGCGGAGAAGUACGACGCGAACGUGGAUGCGAACGCGCUGAAGCUGUUCAAGCUCCUCCGCAUCUUCCGGCUGGUCAAGCUGCUGCGGCUGUUCCGCGUGUCGCGGCUGCUGCAUCGGUACCAGAAUCAGCUCAUCUACUACCACUCGUUCAUCAGCGUCGCGCGCGUCAACGGGCUGGUCAUUCUUAUCGCGCACUGGAUGGGGUGCAUCUACGGCAUGAACUAUGAGCAGAACCUGGAUGAUAACAGCGGCAACCGGUGGCUGCAGUCGAUAUACUGGGCGGUGCAGUCCAUCACCAGCGUCGGCUACGGAGACAUGCCCGCGGAUAACGAAAUUACCAUGCUCAUCGCCAUAUUCACCAUGCUUAUGGGCGUCGUGCUGUGUAGCUGGAUCAUGACGAACGUGCUCGCGGCGAUGAACCCGGACAGUUCGUCCAAACGGUUCCACGAGCGCCUCCAGUACGUCAUCGCCUACCUCAAGAACAACCAGCUCCCGCAGGGCGUGGCCAAGCGGGUCAUCACGUUCUACCGGUGGCAAAACAUGAACCAAUUCGACGAGAAGAGCGUGCUGUCGGACCUACCCCCGAGCCUCCGGAAGGACAUCUUCGAUAACCUGUACACCGACGCGCUGGUGGGCGUGCCCAUAUUCAAGAACAUGUCGAACCAGUUCAUCACCGAGGUGUGCCUGCGGAUGUCGCCCAUCUCGUUCCCGCAGUUCCACUCGGUGUACGGGCAGGGCGAGCUCGGCUACGACAUGUACUUCAUCACGAAGGGGUCCGUCGCGGUGCUGCUGAACGAGAUGCCCCACAACCCCAGCACCGAUGAGCUGCAGACCAUGGUGGACUCGUGCAUCGAGCUCGGACGCGGCUCGUUCUUUGGGGAACCCGCGGUGCUCGGAUUCGCGUCGAGGCUCGAGACAAUCGUGUGCACCCGAUCGUGCACCAUGAUGACGCUGAACCAGGAUCACAUGGACGAGCUGUGCCAGCUGAGCUACGAGUUCAAGGCUGAGCUCACGGGUUCCGAAGGAGGUUUGCACGUGGUGCCUGCGGGAUUUCGGUGUCGGCGAGGAGGGGAUCAUAGCGGGUGA